AUGCAGCUUGUCCUCGGGUACUUGGUAAAUGAAAUCUGGCUGCGGGAUUAUGCAAAGCAACAUCAGUACUAUGGUGACCUUGAUCCCGAGACUCUCGCCCUAUAUCAUGAGAGCGCAUAUCCCAUUCUCAUCCGAUCAGAGGAGAUGGACGGGCUAUAUGAAGCAGGAUGCGACCUGAUCGCGCGAUGUGGCAUGCGCGCUACUCUCAACCCCGUAUGGAUCUCGAACUGCGAAUCGUGCUUCUGUUGGUGCAUUUCCCGAUCAUUCCAUCCCAAUACACGGACCCCGGAGGAGGCGGCGCUUUUGGAGAGAUUCAAAGACCUCAUUGGCGCAAAGGGCUAA